ACUGUCUACUGGACAACGUGUUGCACUGUAGUGAACUACACGUGUUGGUCGAAUGAUUGAUUAUCUGUACAUAAAAGAUGCCGUGAUUGUAGGGCUGUGCAUCAAGCCAAGUCAGUCAACUGUAAGGAUGCUUUCAAAGAGAUGGACAGUGGCCUGAGGUUUAGCUAGACAUUGUGAUGUUUGGCGUCAGUCUCUACAAUGAAUUGUAACAAUGCCAGACCAAUUCGCCAAACGUACUCUGUAUAUGUGGGUCAUUUAUCUUUUGAGGUGACCAAGAAUGAUUUGAGGGAUUUGUUUGAAGACUGUGGGGACAUUACUGAGGUAUUCAUAGCCAGCCAAUCAAAGGAAAUGUGUUUUACAUAUGGAUUUGUAAGUUUUAAAAAUUUGGAGGCAGCUAAACGAGCGCAGGCAGACCUACACAGAUGGGAGCUGAAGGGCAACAAGAUCACUGUGGAGAUGUCCAAGAAAAGCAUUGAUGAUGUGAAAGCAAAAAGGAAAGCCCAGUUGGUGAGAGAACAAUACACAGAAAGGUCAGUUUCCAGAGGACCUGAUGUUAAGGAGAAUACUGACCAUGCGGAGGGAUUGAAAAACUUCGGUCGACUUAAGGAGGCUUUCAGAAAUCUGGAAUUGGAGGCUGAAUCGGGGAAAGAGUCCCACUUUCUUGACCUUGACAAGGUAAUGAAGGAUGUGAGCGAAGAAACGAAUAGUCGUCUUCCAACUCGUACCUCUAAGGUGUUUGGUCUUGACACAUCUGUGGAAACAGCCCGUGAACAACUCCUUGGAUGUAAAUGCAGCAAAGCAUGUAGCAAAGAUAAAAGAACUGAUGAAUUCAUGGAGUCCCUUCAGUUGAUAAUCAACAACAUCGACGCUUUUUUGAAGAAAUCCUGCAGAAACUCUGCCAGUACCAGUGACAGUGCACUGAAGGAAAAUCGUUUUCAGGCGGGCAGUGAUUCUCAUGCUGAUGAGAGAGAAGCGGUCAUAUCCAGUCCCGCUUUGUCCAGUGUCACUGUGGCAAACAGAAGAACGGAAACGGUGAACUUUGAGAAAUCUCCAUUCAGUGGUGCCCGACCUAAAGAAAAAGUUGUCAGCAGCUCUGAGGAGGAGAGUGGGAGUUGUGGAGAAGAUUUAAGCUCCAGUUUAAAUUCCAGCAGUGACGCAUCCGUCAGCCAAGGGGAAAAUCUGAGUUCUAUGGAAGCAUUUGUUCAAACAGUAUUGGGGCGAGGGCGUGGCAGGAAGAUAGCUUCCAAGCUACAGUCACCUAAGUCACCUGGGGUUUCAGCUUUCCAAAAAUCGCCACCAUCAGGGUGUUUUCCUCGCGGUUCAAAAACCCCUUCAUCAGUAUCCUAGUCUUCUUCAUCAGUGUCGUCAUGUGCUUCAUAGCUGUCCUUAUGUGCGUCAUGAGUGUCAUCCUCUCAUUCACCUAAUCUUCAUCUGCUUCAUCACUGUCCUUCAUCACCAUUAGUGCCCUCACUUGCUUCAUCACUGUUUCCAUCUCCAUCAUUGCCCUCAUUUGCUUCAUCACUGUUUUCAUCUCCUUCAUCUCCAUCAUUGCCCUCAUUUGCUUCAUUACUGUUCUCAUCUGUUUCAUCUUCGUUAGUGUCCUCAUCUGCUUCAUCACUGUCCUCAUUUCCUUCAUUGUCCUUAUCUCCUUCAUCUCAUCUACUUUGUCAUUUUCCCUUUAUUAGUGUAGUAUCUGUGUCCUCAUCUUUUGCAUCAUUGUCUUUAUCUCUUUAAUUGGUGUUCUCAUCUCUUUCAUCAGCGUUCUCAUCUGUUGUAGUCUGGUCUUCAAGGAAGCUACAUGUACAUAUGUGUUUUUUUUAGCCUAGAACUUUUGAUAUGCUAUUGAUUGUUGUUCUUUUUGCAAUUUUUGACUUUACCUUGUUUUCUCUUAUAUACAUGUAUGUGUACUUCAAGUUGCUUUGAACUGUAACACCCUCUAUCAUUUUAAAAGAGUAUUUGUUUUAAUAUGCUGUGCGUGUAUUAUGACGUAAAAGUUGCUGUUUUAGUGUUGCUUUACAAAUGUUACACUUCUGUCAUCAACUUUAUUAUUUUUUUUUUACUUUUUUUAACCUAACUUUAUGCACUAAGCUGAAUGUUGACAUUUCUCUUGUAAAUAGGUUUCAUUAUGCCUGUGUUUGAAAAGACACAAGGGACUAGAAGGACAAAAUGAUAGCUACUGUGCAAAGCUCCCUAGCCACAGACUGAAUCAAGCUCACAACCUCAGUCUUGAUUUGAUUCUAACUGAUUUGAUUGUUUUUUUAAUACUGGAGAAUAUUUCACUUAUACAGACUUGAUCUUAACCCCUCGACCUGGGCCCCAUCCUCUGCAUCCUUAACAUUGGAGGUUUGGCAAGUCUAAAGACUAUGUCUUAUUGCUGCCUAUAGGCUUUCGUUGGCAUGUUUGAUAACUUGUAUUAAGUUGGAAAACAGAAUUAUGAAACGUGCUUGACAAAAGAUUGGCCAUGUAACAACUUGUAUUGUUAUACAUUUAUACUUUUUGUCUUUUUAGGUGCCUAGUAUUUCAUCUCUAUCAUAACUAACAUUCAAAAUUUGAAUCCUAUUUCACCCUCAACUCUGCACAUUGCAUUAUUAAACAUAUGAUGUUGCCAAUAAAAGUAAAAGUAAGCUGUCUCCUACAAGGAGAAUUUGUGGUAACUUGAGAUAUUGUUGAACGUGGUGGUAAAGCUCUAAAAAUCUUGGGAUCUCCUUUGUUCAUUGUCAGUCAAAAUAUUGAAAUGAAGAGAGAAUUGUAUUGAUUCCAUUUGUUCAAGACUAAUGACAAAUAGUUUUAAGUAUUUUGGGAGGUUAUCUUUAUAUGAAACAGACAGUCUUAAAAUGUAUCCGUGAACAUUUCUCUUUUCUUUUUAAGAAACUUGUACACCAGAGUUAUUAAUUUAAAUUGUAACGUCGAAGGCCGUGUUCGUCUGUGAAACAAAUCAACCCAAAAAGAUUGAGAAUCAGCCACUUUGACUGCAUCAUCAUGUAACUUAGACGUUGAAAGAAACAGAUUGAACUGCAGAAGUUUGCAGGAUUAUGUACACGUAGUUGAUUUUUUGUAUAUGAUGCGAAAAUAAAUUGUUGAUAUAUUGCUCAAAUUUAUAGAAAAAAAACUUGAUAUUGUUGACUAAAUUUAUUUUUUCUUGCAGUUUAAGUCAUGUUUGUUUGGUUUGUGAAACACUUGUACAUUUAUUGCAGCAUCUUGUUCUGGUGUUUGUCUUGUUUGAAAAAGGUUUUAACUAUCCGAUUUUUAAUGUAUGUUGAAUAUAUAAUGUUGUAAGAUAUGUAUGUAUGCAAGUUUUGUCAUGUUUUAAGAUGUAUUUUAUAGACUUUGUUGGUUUUC